AUGGAUACAUCAGUUAAGGUUGUUGUUGUCGGUGAUGGAGCAGUUGGUAAAACUUGCAUGCUCUAUUGUUAUGCUAAUAACCAAUUUCCGGAAGAAUACAUGCCUACUGUCUUUGAUAACUACAAUGCCAACACCCUCUAUGAAAACAGAACUGUGAGUCUUGGUUUGUGGGAUACUGCUGGUCAAGAAGACUAUGACUCAUUGCGUCCAUUGAGUUAUUCUGAGACCGAUGUGUUCUUAGUUUGUUUCUCAAUGAUAUCUAAAACUAGUUUAAACAAUGUAAGAGAAAAGUGGAUACCCGAAAUCAAGGAACAUUGUAAGAAGCAAACUCCAAUAAUAUUAAUUGGACUCAAGAAGGAUUUGAUUACCGAUCCAAAGACUAUAAGAUCAGUUAAGGAAGCAGGAGAUUCAUUGGUCGAAGGAAAGGAAGGAGAAGACAUGGCUAAACAAACUGGAUGUGUCACUUAUUGCGAAUGUAGUGCCAAGACAAGAGAGGGUUUGGAUGAUGUAUUUAUUAAUGCUAUUGCAUCAGUAUUGAACCCAGAGAAAUUCAAAGAUAAACCAGCUAAGGAGUCUCCGAACGGGCGUAAGAAGAAGUUUUGCUUGAUUUUGUAA